GAUUAGAUUAUCACCGAAAUACACCCUGCAGUAUUCUCCCCAAACAGCCACUCACUACGAAUGUCGAGAGCCUCCGUAGGCUCUACAUCCCCACUCACCUCCUUCCGCCUCAUCCGCCGCCCCACCCCGACCUCCCUCCACGCCACCACCAACGCCGCCGUCGCAAUGCCCGACGACCGCCGCCCUCACCCGUCGCUCGAAGUCGUCGGGGACUCAUUCCUACCCGCAUUGAAAACCAUCGACCGUCCUUACCACCCGUAUCCUAUCAUCGGUUGGAACUGCCACGUUGAGACCAUCUUCGCCGCCUUCUUCCGCUCUUGUCCCGCCGUCAGGUUCCGCCGUCAGUGUCUCAGGACCAAGGACGACGGGGCCGUCGCUCUCGAUUGGGUCGCCGGUGACGAUCGUCUUCUGACGGAAUCCUCUCCCGUCCUCAUUUUAUUGCCAGGUCUUACAGGAGGGAGUGAUGAUACCUAUGUCAGGCAUAUGCUAGUAAGAGCUAGAAACAAUGGAUGGCGAGUUGUCGUCUUUAAUAGCCGUGGUUGUGGAGGUAGCCCUGUCACCACUCCGCAGUUCUAUUCAGCUUCAUUUCUGGAAGAUCUUUGUGAAGUAGUGGCUCAUGUAGCAGCUAGGUAUCCAAAUGCCAAUUUAUAUGCUGUUGGUUGGUCUCUUGGUGCGAAUAUUCUUGUUCGCUAUUUGGGCCAGGAAUCCCACAGUUGCCCACUUUCUGGUGCUGUGUCCUUGUGUAAUCCUUUCAAUUUGGUCAUUGCGGAUGAGGACUUUCGUAAGGGAUUUAACAUUGUCUAUGACAAAGCUCUUGCUAGCUCUCUAUGCAAAAUUUUCAAGAAGCAUGCUCUUUUAUUUGAAGAGAUGGAAGGUGAAUACAAUAUCCAAUUGGCUGCAAAUGCCAAGUCUGUCAGGGAUUUUGAUGAUGGGUUAACCCGAGUUUCAUUUGGUUUCAAGUCAGUGGAUGAGUACUAUUCCAACUCAAGCAGUUCAGAUUCCAUUAAGCACGUGCGCACACCUUUGCUUUGCAUUCAGGCUGCAAAUGAUCCAAUUGCUCCAUCUAGAGGAAUCCCUCGGAAAGAUAUUCAGGAAAACCCAAACUGUCUUUUAAUAGUCACACCCAAAGGGGGCCAUUUAGGGUGGGUUGCUGGCGCCGAGGCUCCUCGUGGCGCUCCAUGGACUGAUCCUCUGGUGAUGGAUUUCCUGCAACAUUUAGAAAAGACAGGAUCCGGGACCAGUGAAUCUUGUAGUAAAUCCGACAGUGCGAUGCAAAACGCAGAGAGCUUGCAUGGGGUAGAGGUAUAGCUAUCAACAUGAUUCUUGUAUUCACAUUGUUGUAACUGUUGAUUGAUAUCUGGUCUUUCAAGUGGGAUUGCAAUAUUGAAGUCCAUGCCAAAAGCUAUUGUCUUCUGAUUGAAAUUUUAUGAGCUUUUGUACUUAAAAAUUUGGCAGUGAGACAAUGUGUACACUAUCAAACUCACCAAUCAAUAUCGUCAUGGUUUUGUAUUAUCUA